AAAUUUGUUUUUUCCUCCAUUGAUUUUUCGAUUGGUAAUCGCGAGUAACUAUAACAUAACAUCCGUCCGUUACGGUACUGAACGACAGCGCGCGAGUCCGGUUCGCGGGUUUUCCGUCGAGACGUGCGUGAUCGUCGUGUGUGCCGUGACGGUUGUCGUCGUAAUAUUAUAAAAUAUAUUACAGCGACGUCCGUAAAGGUUUUGGAAAAAAGAGAUCUGACCCGCCGCCGUCGGCUUAAGGAUUUCAUCUCGAAAACGUUCGACCGCCGACUUCCGGACAUGUCCUGCAGGACAACGUGAUCAUCUUCUAUCCUGGGUCGUAAACGUCCGCUGCUUCCGGUCCGACACGCAACAUAUAAAUCUGCCGCCACCGCCAACCCAUAAAACGCCGCUGAAACACAAAGACGUUGAUGGAUUAAAUUAAGAUCUCGAUGGUCUGUGAUGACUGGCUGAUCAUCAGUCAGUAGUUCAUAAUGCAGAGUCCAUGUUGGUGUGCGGCCAUCUGCCACUGACGAAAAAAAAUCUUGUCGCAAAUAUGGGUGCAUUGGUAUGGGUGUUAGUGGGCGCAGUGGUAUUUUCCGAGUGGGUAACGUCCACUGCAGUGCCUGGCGUGGUUCGAUUUGCGGUCAUAGCACCAUUGAAAGCAUCCAAGAACGAAGAGACGCUGGGCGCCAUUUUGCCAUCCGUAGAUUUGGCGGCACAAGCAAUCGCUCAACCUACAGGAUCGUUGCCAGGAUGGAAGAUACUAAUUGAUAGCAGGAAUGGAAACUGUUCAUCCACCGAAGGCCCACUGGCAGCAUUCGAAUUACACACUUACAGUGAUCUGUUCCUGGGACCGGUGUGCGACUACGUGAUUGCGCCCGUGUCGCGAUACGCGGGCGUGUGGAAGAUCCCGGUGCUGACGGCUGGCGCGCUGGCCGAGAACUUCGACAACCGGCACGAAUAUCCGACGCUGACCAGGAUGAUGGGCUCGUACAAGCUGGUCGGCGAGGCUCUCCGGCACAUACUCCACGGGUUCGGAUGGAACGUKGCCGGCCUGUUGUACUACAACCACGGCCUCAACUCGCUGAUGGGCAACUCAAAGUGCUAUUUCACACUGUCCGCCGUGUUCCUCGCCCUGGGACUGAAGCCCGUGCACAAGAGCUUCAACGACACCGACAGCAGAGACUCGUUCAAAGAGCUGCUCACCGAGUUGUCGCACAACGCACGAAUUAUGGUGGUGUGUGCCAAUCCGUUAACGGUCAGAGAAAUACUGUUGGCCGCCGAAGAACUCAACAUGAUUGAUAGUGGAGAAUACGUGUUUUUCAACAUUGAGCUGUUCAGCAGUCUGAACAACGGAUCUUUAACACCGUGGUACGUGAGCAACGACACAGCGGAACGGAACGAGCGUGCGAAAAAGGCGUACAGCGCACUGCUAACGGUGACGGCACGUGAACCCGACAAUGAAGCGUAUCGCAACUUUUCCGUCGAGGUAAAACGCGUGGCCGAAGAAAAAUAUAAUUUCACGUUUGGCAACGAGGCUGUUUCCACAUUUGUGACGGCAUUCUAUGACGCCGUGUUGUUGUAUGGGCUGGCACUCAACGAGACGUUGGCCAAGGGUGGUAAUCAGUCUGAYGGGACAGCCAUUGUCAAGGCUAUGUGGAACAAGACUUUUACCGGCAUCACGGGUGACGUCAAUAUCGAUGCAAACGGCGACCGGAUUGCCGACUAUUCACUACUCGACAUGGACCCCAAGACCCACGAAUUCAAGAUUGUGGCGAACUAUAUCGGAAAAAAUCAAUCGUUAGAAUACGUGUCGAAUAUGAACAUUCACUGGGCCGGUGGAAGAACGGACCCACCGCUGGAUAUACCGGAGUGUGGAUUUGACAAUUCUCUUUGCAAAACAAUGCCUGGUUAUGCGAUUCUCAGUAUAGUCCUCAGUUCAGUUGUAGUAAUUCUAGCAAUAGCUUCAGCUCUAAUUUACAGACACUAUAAGCUUGAAGCUGAAAUUGCAUCUAUGACGUGGAAAGUCAAUUACAACGACAUCAUAAGAGUGCCGCAGGAAAAAUGGAGAACGAGUAUGGCAAGUCUCAUUAGAAGAAACAGCCAAAGGACCGUCAUAUCAGAUGACCUCAUGAGCCUCAUGAGUCAGUGUGAUUACGGGCGCCAAAUAUUCAUUCAAACAGCAUUUUACAAAGGUAAUAAAGUAGCAUUAAAAACGCUUAAGAGAUCGCGCUUGGAGUUGACGCGUCCUCGGUUACUGGAAUUGAAAAGGUUGAAAGAUUUGCAUCAUGACCAUUUAGUACGAUUUUAUGGAGCAUGCAUAGAACCAAAUUAUUGUUGUCUACUGACCGAGUAUUGUCCCAAAGGAAGUUUACAGGACAUUCUCGAAAACGACCAGUUUAAACUGGAUUGGAUGUUCCGGUACAGUUUGAUGCAYGACAUUGUCAAAGGAAUGUGCUAUUUACAUAAUAGCGAGCUGCGUUCUCACGGGGGUCUCAAAUCUAGCAAUUGUGUGGUUGAUAGUAGAUUUGUUUUAAAAAUUGCCGACUUUGGUCUCAGAAGUCUCCGAAAUAACCAUUCAACUGAAUCGAAYAGCGACAGUGAUUCUUACGCUUACUGGAAAGGAUUUUUGUGGACUGCCCCGGAACUGUUGCGGAUCAGAAAUCCACCUCCGGAAGGUACGCCGAAAGGAGACGUCUAUUCGUUCGCUGUGAUCGUCCACGAAAUCGUCACCAGACAGGGUCCAUUUUACCUCGGAAACGUCGAACCGCUGUCGCCCAAAGAGAUCGUGGUAUGUAUAAUGUAUUCCAUGUUCUUCAUGGUUAGAUUGUUUGGGGCGAAAGCAAACAUCGAUUUGAUUGCCGUGAUCGUCCACGAACUCAUCACUAGACAGGGUAGGUUCCAGUGGCGUACCCAGGACUACGAAAGCAACAAUAUUCUCGACAACUUGUUAUCACGUAUGGAGCAGUAUGCCAACAAUUUAGAAGCAUUGGUCGAAGAAAGAACUGCAGACUAUUUAGAAGAAAAAAGAAAAUGCGAAGAACUACUGUACCAAUUACUUCCAAAAUCCGUUGCUAGUCAGUUGAUUUUGGGACAAUCUGUGGUGGCUGAAACUUAUGACAACGUGACAAUUUACUUCAGUGACAUCGUUGGUUUCACGUCUCUGAGCGCCGAAAGCACUCCGCUUCAAGUGGUAGAUCUACUUAACGAUCUUUACACGUGUUUCGAUUCUAUAAUAGAGAAUUUUGACGUAUACAAGGUAGAGACCAUCGGUGACGCAUACAUGGUUGUGUCCGGACUUCCGGUUCGCAACGGCAACUUACACGCCCGCGAGAUAGCCCGAAUGUCACUCGCUCUGCGAUCGGCCGUUCACAGUUUCACCAUCAAGCACAGACCAGACGACCAACUCAAAUUGCGUAUCGGCAUGCACACUGGACCUUGUGUGACUGGUGUGGUUGGACUUAAAAUGCCGAGAUACUGUUUAUUUGGAGACACAGUCAACACAGCCUCGAGAAUGGAAUCCAACGGACAAGCGUUAAAAAUCCACGUGAGCCCUCAAACAAAAGAAGUGCUCGACACGUUUGGCACGUUCGACUUGGAACUCAGAGGCGAAAUCGAGAUGAAGGGAAAAGGAAAAGUGACGACGUACUGGCUGUUGGGCGAGAAAACUCCAACCACCGAAACAUCGGCACCUGUGCCACCGAUAAAACCAAUCGAAUCGUUUUCGAAAUUGCACGCGGCCAACAGCGUCGGCUCGUCGUCUACCAAGUCAGUGGCCAACAGCAUAGCCAACCACAACAACAUCAGCGCGUCCACGCCGCUCUUGCAAGGCGAC